AUGACCAAGAAAGAGGUUACCAUUGACAUUACUAAACGUCCUGAAAAUACUCAAAAUGAUGGGAAAGGAGGAUACUAUUAUGAGAGUGGCAAGGUAAGAGUAAAUCUUACGGAUGAAUGGUUUCCUGACCCAGAAGGGACGUAUAGGAAGUUUACUCAUACUCCAGAAUCAGGAAAUAUCCAAAGCAUCACACACAAUGGAAAACCUCUUUCUGGAAUUACUAGCCUGGGAGAUCACAAGAGUGUUUCAGUCUACUACUGGUCAUUGGAUAGCACUUGUACUAGGCCACUUAUAAUUCAACUUGGUGGGAAGGAUGAGUACCACACCGAUCCCGAUGAUGAUGAUAAUAAUUGGAGCCAGCAAGGAGACAUAAAUACUGGUAAUCUCAGGCAAAAACUGGAUGAACAGAACUGUAACAGAAAUAAUUCCCACAUUAUAGAUCUCUCUGAGAAGAGUAUUACUACUUACAACUGUCCUAGUUGUGGUUCUAAGCAGAUUGGAGUAUCCUACACCAAUGCAACUAUCAUCAGGACAACUACCUCUACAUAUACUAUUAGUUCGUCCAGAAUAUCUAGUUUCAAGUAUGUUAACACUUGGCAACGUGGACUUCCAUCUAUUAGGGCUGUUGGAGUCAUAUUCGUUUACUGGUAUAAUUCUGGUAAAACACCCAUCAUUGUCUAUCAAAGUAUAUCGCAGAGAUACUUCAGAAGAAGCAGUAGUAAUAGUAAUACUUGGACUGAAGUAUCUGGUCAACAAGCUCUUCCUAAUGGAGAAACUCCUACUAUUGCCACUCUCGAUCUCUCUAAGAUUUCCGGUAUUAAAUAUAAUGGAGACUCUGAUAUAGGCUUUGAAAUUUUCCCUGAUUAUUGUAAAAGUGUCACCGUAUACUACUGGUCAGGAGGUGGAGACUAUGGAAAUCCUCUAGUUGUUCAGCUUAGCGGUAAAGAUGAGAAAUACUAUACAGAUAGUGGUAAUUGGCAAGAAGAGGAAGGGAUAAACUCUGAUACUCUAUUAGCCACUCUAGAUAAGUUUAGCUGUUCCUUAGACACUCAUAUUGUGAACAUUUGUGAGAAAUCUGGAUUGUCUUACGAUUGUCCCGCUUGCAAUCAACCUAAGAUCAACUUAACCUCUUCACUUGUCAACAAUAAAUAUAUUAGAGUCACUCACAAUCCAAAACAACGUGUAUCUAGACUACAAAAUGAUAGCAAAGAUAAUACUAGCAUUCCUAUAACAGGGGAAAUAGAUAAGGUUUACGUAUAUUGGUAUCCUCCUAAUAGUGAUUCAAAAGCACUCCAUUAUGGUACCAAAGAGACCUUCCAACAGGUGAUACUUGGAAGCUAG